AUGUUUGUUGCAGUGGGUGAGACUAAUUCUCAGUCGUAUGCUUCUGGUCCAAACACCAGUGGUCUUUCGAUCGGUCCACCUCCUGUGAUUGCAAACAAAGCUCCUAGCUCUCAGCCUAAUGAGGUAUAUCUUGUAUGGGAUGAUGAAUCAAUGUCUAUGGAGGAAAGAAGAAUUUCCUUACCUAAACACAAGGUGCAUGAUGAAACUAGCCAGAUGAACUCGAUAAAUGAGGCCAUAGACAGGCGAAUCUCAGAGAGUAUACUUGCUGGGCGUAUGGCAUUUUAG